AUGGAAAUUCUUACUGUUGUUAUUCCUGACUUGAUUCAAUUCUCAAGACCAAGAUUUCUCGAAAACUCACUUUUCCAACAAUUGGAGCAUGUUAGAAAGGGAACUCUUCCAGUUGCUGUUGGACCAAAUCCUGUUGAAACUAUGGUUGAUGGGAUUAGCUAUUGCGCUAAUGUUAUUCAGGUUUUUUAAUAUUUUAUAUCAUCGAGAAAAUUGUUUUUUAUAGAUUCCAAACAACAAGCAAAAGAAAUGCUCCAUUCUGUUCAAUCAAACUGAAAAAGUUCCACUAACUUCCAAAGUUUUCAACGAAGUUCUUGGAGAGGAUACAGUUCUCACUUUGGGAAAAACCAAGGAUGAGAAAACAUUCUUCAUAAUUGUGGAUAGAGAAUGCACUCAAGUAUGUUAAAACUAUCAGAAACAUUUUUGUAUUAACUGAGUUUUUGAAAUAAAUUUUCAGGUCGUGCUCACCGAGCAAAUCACCAAAUUGAUGGAUGCGAUGAUUCGGCUCACUACAAAUUUGAAACUCCGAACACUCACCGAAAUUGAGAGAAUUCGUUUGCCAAUUGAGCUCACUGGAAGUUUCACACUUUCUAUUACUUGCGGGGAGAAUGGCGAUCGUUUUAUUGAGAUUUUUGAUGAGAAUAUGACUCAAUGCGGAUUUGUCGAAGGAUUCGUCUGGCUUGAUACUGUUGUCUAA